AAGAGGAACAGCUGGCUGUGACGUCUGGCGAUAUCUCCGUCCCCUUGUUUACUCCACAGACAGUCUUUGACCGAACUUCAGUUUGACAAGUGUUUUCACAAACAGCCUCAAUAGAGGGGUUGACAGUCUGUGUUUUGUGAGCCGUUCGUCUCUUAACCACUGCAUCCACUCCUGUCUCGCGGGCAGGCCGAUUCAAUGCAUUUCAGAGCCUUAAAUCCUCAACGGAGAUGGACGCUGCCGAUUUGUUUACAAGCUGCAGGAAGGGCGACUUUGCUAGAGUGAGAUACCUGGUUGAGCAGAGAGAUGUUGAACUGAAUGUCAGAGACAACUGGGACAGUACACCUCUGUAUUAUGCCUGUCUUUGCGGUCAUGAAGAACUGGUGCAGUACUUGCUGGCCAACGGGGCGAAGUGUGAGGCGAACACGUUUGACGGCGAGAGGUGUCUGUACGGCGCCCUGAGUGAUCCCAUCCGGCGGCUGCUGAGGGAGUACAAACAAAUCACGGCCAAGGCCAUGCAGAGAGACUAUUACGACCACUUCCUGCAGACGCUGAUGGAGCAAGGCUUCUUCAGUGACGUGGACUUCCUGGUGCAUGGCGAGACGUUUAGGGCCCACCGCUGUGUGCUUGGCGCUCGGUCGGAGUACUUCACACACAUGUUCCAGACCAAGUGGAAAGGCAAGAAGCUGAUUGCCCUCAAACAUCCACUGAUAAAUCCGGCAGCUUUUGCAGCCAUCCUGCAAUACUUUUACACAGGCCGUUUGGACAUUGAUGUGAGCUAUGUGGAGGACCUGAAGCGCCUGGCCAAGCAGUGCAAGAUGGGGGAUCUGAUAGAGGACCUGGAGGCAAAGUGUAAGCAGGUGUAUGACUUUGUUUCCUCUAAGCCGGGGACGUGUGUGAAGGUGUUGACGUUGGACCCUCAUGGGUGUCAGCUGCAGGACGACAUGGCCCAGCUAGCGGACUGUGCUCUGCCUGCUGAACUCAGAGUUGGAUAUGGUGAGCUUCCAUUUGACAUAACUGACAACUUCCCAAGUUACCCCGACAUCUGCUUCCGGGUCGAGGGUUACGACUUCCUCUGUCACAAACCAUUUUUCUGUGGGCGGAGUGACUAUUUUAAGGCGUUGCUGGAGGACCAUUUCAGUGAGGGAGAGACCCUGGCCACCGCUCCCCACAUCCCUGUCAUCACACUGCACAACAUCUCCCAUGAGCUCUUCACCAAGAUACUCUACUACAUCUACAGCGACGACACCCAGCUGUCCCAGGAGGAUGUGUACGAGGUGCUGUGCGUGGCGGACAUGUACCUGCUGCCGGGCCUGAAGCGGCUGUGUGGUAAGAGCCUGGCGGGGCUGCUGAGCGAGGACAACGUCCUGCACAUCUGGAAGAGCGCACGCCUCUUCAACCUCUCACGCCUGGAGGACCAGUGCACCGAGUACAUGGCCCGCAUCAUCGAGAGGCUGGUGGAGCGUCCUGAGUUUGCGGAGGUGAUCCACGAGGAUGCGGGGGCUGUGAAGGGCCGCCAGGAGAACGACUCCAUCCCCCUGGUUGACGAGAUCCGCUUCCACAUCAGCAGCAACGUGCAGACGUACAGCGCCAUCGAGGAGGCCCAGCAGAAACUGGAGGCCAUCGAGAUGCUGCUCAACAACAUCGGCCUGGACUGCUAAAGCGGAGAGAGAGAGAGAUAGGUGAAAUGGAGAGAGGUGAAGAUGGAAGGAGAGGGGUGGAGAGGAGGGAUAGAGAUAUAAUAAGGAUGGAACGUUAUGGAAGGAAUGGAGACCAUGAGAGCCGAGAGGGAAGAGAUCGGGGGGAUGAGGUACUGUGUGUGUACAUCAAAAGCGAUCAGAGCGACGGAGGUAUUUCUCUAUGGAGGGCCGGCGAACUGAGCAACCAAAGCAAAUACUUUGUAUGCUGGGGGAUGAAUUUAACUGGACAACCAGGGCAAAUUUCUUUUGAAUGUCCCAGGUUGAAAAAAUAGAGACGUUAAGCUAAAUCAAACAUGUCAGUAUCACAUCAAGAGUGAAUGAAGCAAAGCUUCAGCAAUGACCUUGGCUACCUGUUUGCUUUGGUUAUUUUUGGUGUACACGCACAGGAAGGGAUGAGAUGAAGGGAGAUAUUCGCCUGAUUAUCAUGACGUUCAAAUCUCUUCAAGACUUGUAGCUGAGCCGAACGUGUGUGAAGGGAUGAGAAGGGUAGAACAUACCUGAGUGUUUCCAUUGGAGAUCAAUUGUGGCUGGAAGAGCCAAUUGAGAGUGAGGAAAGAGAAUGAGAGGGGGAGGAAGUAGUUAGGAAGGAAAGAGACGAGAGGUGGAUGCAAAUGUAUAUACGUACAGUAGAGGGGGGGGUCAGCAACCUGCAUUCAGAAGUUUACAAACCAUUGCCACAUAUUCCAAAUGACCUGGAUGUACAUGUUCAAAUGCCUUACUUGGAAAGGUAAAAAACUGUUUUUUAAAUAUAUUUUUGGAGGGUUUUCACCUUUAUUUGGACAGGAUUGUGAAGAAGGGGACUAGAAAGAGUGGGAGAGAGACAGAAAGACGACCGGGAAAUCACCCCGGGUCGGGAAUCGAACCCGGGUCACUGGUGCAACAGCGUAGUGUCCUACCGUUUGAGCCACGGAAGGGCCUAAAACCAGAUUGUUUGGAAUAUGUGGCACUGGUUUAUAGCGUCUGUAUCCUGGUUGCCCAUCGCAGAUAGUAGAUGGCUUUGGUGGAAAACAACCUGUGGUGUUUAUUUUUAAUUAUAGAUCAUCAUAUGUGUCUUUUGGAGUACUGGUACUCAGGCCUGAAGCAGAGGAUGACUGGGGCUCUGCCCACAGCAGCCCAAAGCUAAUGAAGAAUUCAAAAGAGAAUGUGAAUUCACAUUUAUUAUGAUCUCAACGCAUAAGCUAGUGUAUAAGUCUUCAGCCUCCCAUGAAGCUUUAUCUUCAAGCAGCAAUAAAAUAUUAACCAAAUUAUUUAACUACCUUGUCAACCUAUAUUAUGCAGAGAAGUUUGCAUAUCAAAUGGGAAAUUCACACACGUGAUUCUCGUGAAGCAUUCGGCAGACAAUUUCAUCCAGUCAAAUUCCAGGAGCAUAUUUAUCUUUUCAUUCUUUCUUUUUUCUUUUGUCAUGUUGUUUAGAACGAAAUAGAUUACUAUGAUCUUUCAAAACUUUUUUAGACUUUCUGUGGUGUUAAACGGCGGCAGUAGUAGUAUCCACGUGUCAUGCCUAAUAAGACGUCUGUGUUUUCCUUUGAAAAAGUUACAAACAAACUCAUCUGGAAGCCAACAUACAGUAGGCAUAGCCAGACAUACAUACGUAGCAGUGCAAAGUAGCUAGCUAGUAAUAGACAGCUACCACCUCAGUGACAACACUGACGUGUUGACCUAGUUUAAAGACAGAUGUGUGAUUUAACCUAACCAUCUGUCCAUGGAUUUACUUUACAUUGACAUUCCUAAUGUAACCUCUCUCACCAACCAUAUCCUUCACACACCUCCUGCUUACUACCACUGGAGCUGAAUCUUUGGGUAUUUUUGGUGAUGGACUUAUUUGAUAGAUUACAUGGUAAAUGGGAGGUAUCCUGAGAGUGAGAUUCUCUCAUCAUAACUAGUUUAUUUAUGAUGUGUCUCUGUAGAAUCAGGAGGUGUCUCUCCUGUCCUGCUGGAUUAGCAGUGGAGAGGAGAGAGAGUGUGUGCGUGUGCGUGUGCGUGUGCGUGUGUGUGUGAGUGCGUGCGUGUGUUUGAUGCGGAGUCAACAGUCUGUAACUGUGCUGUGCUGUACAAGAAGGUCAGCUACACAGUUAUAUAAACACAUUAUUUUCCAAAGUAUUGUAAAGCUUGCAUGACUUAUUGAAUACUGUAUGAAAUGAAAAAGAAAUAAAAGUGUAAAAUGACUGACA